AUGACGAUCUCGUUCGAUCCGAGCCCGGCUUCGACAGCGGCGCCGUGGAUCUCUCUACCCUGUUCAAGCGCCGCCAGCUGCGAGCAUGCCGGCAGCACGCUGGCGAAGGUGACGGCGUCGGGCCUCACCUCCAGAGACCUCAUCGCGCGGAAAACCUCCACAGCCUUGAAGAACUCCCCCGCCAUGGCGUGCCCCGAGAUCACCACAUUCCACAGCACCGUCUUCUUCUUCUUCUCCACUCGGGAGACGCCCCCGAACACCCGCUGUGCGCAUCCCACGCGGCCGCAUCUGAAGUAGAGGUCGAUGAGGGAGCUCUGGACGAAGACGUCUGCUUCCACCUCCCGCCUCACUAGGUACCCGUGGAGGAACCUCCCCCGCCGCAGGUCGGAGGACCGAGAGCACACCGUGAGGAGGGUGCUCAGGGUGGUCUCCGUGGGCCUCACUCUCUCCCUCUCCAUCCUCUCCAACAGCGCCACGGGUGUCUCGCUGUCCCCGCCAGCGGCGGCGGCGUAUGCGCCGAUCAUGGAGUUCCAGGCGACCACGCCCUUCGCGGGGAUCCGCUCGAAGACAUCUCUGGCGCUCUCCAGGCGCCCGCACUUGCCGUACAUGUCAACGAGGGCGGUGCCGACGAAGUCGUCCACCGGGACCCCGCGCCUCGUCAGGUCCUCGUGUAUCUGCCUCCCCGUCUCCGGUGCCGGCAGCCGCGCGCAGGCCGAGAGGGCGGUCGUGA